CAAACUCCUGGCCUCAAGCGAUCCUCCCUUCUCGGUCUCCCAAAUCGCUGGAAUUACAGGAGAGAGCCACCGCGCCCGGCCAGCAAGUCAGCGCUCACCAUCUCCAACCCCAUUUUACAGAAGAGAAAACUGAGGCUUGGGGAGGGCUGCAAGGCAGGAGCCCUCGGCGCCCGGCCAAAGUCAGAAAUUUGUUGUUGCCAUCCGACGGGAAAACGUGCACGGGCUCUGCAAAUUGUAACCGCCCGGGGCUGGAGAGUCCGUGCCUGGGGGCGUGGUGAGCCAGGGCCGGUGCUGGGGCGCAGAGCAGGGCGGCUCAGAUUCCGGGAGGGGCGGGGAGAUCGGGUUGCUGGGCGAUCCUGGGUUGCUGGGCGAUCCUGGGGUGCUGGAGGCGGCGCGGCGCGGCCGGGGCGGGGAGGGGUGCGGCCCGCCCCCUCCCUGCCCCACCCCCAGCCCCGGCGCCGCGGCUCCUUUAAGAGCGGGAGGGGCGCCCCCUGGCGGCGGAGCGGUGCGUGCGGCCGGAGCCGGAGCGGAUCCUGGAGCCGGAGCGGAGCGGAGCGGAGCGGAGCCGGGGCGGAGCGGGCCGAGCGGGCCGAGCCAGCAGCCGAGCUGGGGGCGCGGGCGGGCGGCAUGUACCGGGCCCGGGCGGCGCGGGCGGGGCCGGAGCCCGGCAGCCCGGGGCGCUUUGGGAUCCUCAGCACCGGGCAGCUCCGGGACCUGCUUCAAGAUGAGCCCAAGCUGGACCGGAUCGUGCGGCUCAGCAGGAAGUUCCAGGGCCUGCAGCUGGAGCGUGAGGCCUGCCUGGCCUCCAACUAUGCGCUGGCCAAGGAGAACCUGGCCCUGCGGCCCCGCCUGGAGAUGGGCCGGGCUGCCCUGGCCAUCAAAUACCAGGAGCUUCGUGAGGUGGCCGAGAACUGCGCGGACAAGCUGCAGCGACUGGAGGAGAGCAUGCAUCGCUGGAGUCCCCACUGCGCGCUGGGCUGGCUGCAGGCUGAGCUAGAAGAGGCGGAGCAGGAGGCAGAGGAGCAGAUGGAGCAGCUGCUGCUGGGGGAGCAAAGCCUGGAGGCCUUCCUGCCUGCCUUCCAGCGUGGCCGCGCCCUGGCCCACCUGAGGCGGACGCAGGCAGAGAAGCUGCAGGAGCUGCUGCGGCGUCGGGAGCGUUCUGCCCAGCCGGCCCCCACCUCGGCUGCUGAUCCCCCCAAAUCCUUCCCAGCUGCAGCUGUCCUGCCCACUGGGGCCGCCCGGGGGCCACCAGCAGUGCCCCGGAGCCUGCCCCCCUUGGACUCCCGCCCAGUGCCCCCACUGAAGGGCUCCCCCGGGUGCCCCCUCGGCCCGGCCCCCCUGCUGAGCCCUCGGCCCUCGCAGCCAGAGCCCCCCCACCGGUAGGAUCCACGGUGCGGCCCCCCUGUUGGGGGGCCUAGACAAACUUGAUGCUUGGCUCCUCCUCCUCCCCCACUGCCUGGGUGGGGGGAGGGGCAGGCCCCUCCCCCUGGCCUCAGGCAGGCCCUGGCCCUGGAGGCUGAGCUGGGGAGGAGGGUCCCCUGGAAGAGGCCCGAGAGGGGGCUGGGGGUGGGUGGGCAGGGCUUUAUGCCUCUGGCGCUGAAGACACCCUGCCUUUUUUGUUUCCGUGCCCCGGGGCCUCUAGGGUGAUGGACCAGCCCCAUUAAAGAACUUGACUCACCUACAGGGGCCUGGGAAGAUGCCUGGGUCCCCUAGGGGCCUUGCCAAGGGGACCUGUCGCACCCCACCACUCCACUGGGCUCGCACAACGCCAAGGCCGCCAGGAGUGUUUUACAUCAUGUCCUGAGCCUACCUUUCCCCCAAAUUCUGGGGCCCACGGCCUAGGAGCCAGGUGGUCAGGCCUCGGCUGUGGGGCCAGGGACACCAUGGCCCUGGGGCUACUACGUGUCCACACAUGCUCCAGACCCUGGGGCAAGGUAGGCCAGGGGCUUCUGACCUGCGCAGGUGAGAGUGGGCCAUCCCCAGGAAAGACCAUUCUGUAUUUUUCUGUCCCUGUCUCCUUAGAAUGGAAGCUUUUUGAGGGCAGGUCCUUGUCUUUGUACGUUCUGUCCCCAGCCCCGCCUCUUAGGGGCCGUCAAUAAAUGUGAUGAUGAGGAU